AUGCAUGCACCGCUGAUCUUCCGCAAAUGGCGGAAGUACAUCGGGAAUGCCAUGAUGGCAGUGCUUCCGCCAUUGAAUUUCUUGACGCUACACUAUCUCUAUUUCAUUGCCACAUGCAUGAUCGCUAGUAUCAUUUUCUAUUUGACAUCGACGCCAUGGCGUAGCGUUGCCUAUGUGGACUCGAUUUUCUUGUGUGUCAGUGCCAUGACCGGUGCUGGAUUGAAUACGGUGGAUCUGUCAACUCUGAAUAGCUUCCAACAAGCAGUUUUGUUCAUCCUGCUUAUCCUGGGCCAUGCCAUUCUCAUCUCUCUCACCGUACUUCUAGUACGUAAGAGGGCUUUCGAGGCAAAGUUCAAGGGUGUUUCCAAUGAGCGGGAAAGAGAGCGGUCUAGUUGUAACCCCUUGGAAGUUGAACUCCAGGCCAGGGGCCGGGAACCUGCUCAGGGAAGCACCGGUACUGAUAUCCCGGGCGAAAGCAAUGGACACAGCGGUAAACCGCACCCAAAGACAUCGGUGCUGGCCCAAGUGAAAUCGGGAGAGCCAUCUUCUCGUGAUGAACAGCCAUGGAUGGAAGAUGACCAAAAAACCAUCGGUGGCACACCCCGUCAUCAUCACCACCGAGUCUUUCCUAUGGCUGGCAUUGGGGCGAGACCGGAUCUGCAUAAUCACCCUCGCGACGCAGUGCCUAACGUCCCCUUGGUAGUCGAGGACUCCGUGUCUGGCUUCAAGGGAAUUCUUCGUGGUACACAGAAGUACAUGGCGUCUAAGGGGCUCGUGUCCCGCAACUCCCAGUUCCACGAUCUCACUCCUGCUGAACGUGACGAACUAGGUGGCGUUGAGUACAAGGCCGUCUCGUUUCUUUCUGUGGUUGUGUUUCUUUACUUUAUCUUGUUUAUCAUCUUUGGUAUGGUCGGGGUCGGUGGUUGGCUGGAAGUUAACGAUCCCGCCGUGACGCGCACGAACGGCCUUUCGCCUUUCUGGACGGGUGCUUUCUUUGCUGUUUCUGCUUUCGUGAACAGUGGCAUGUCGCUUCUGGAUGCUAAUAUGACUGCUUUGCAGUUGAAUGCUUACCCCCUUCUCACAAUGGGAUUCCUGAUUCUAGCUGGAAACACUCUCUUCCCUUGUUUCCUGCGGUUCAUUAUCUGGACUAUGAGGAUCAUGCUUCCGGACCGGCCGAGGUGGCAGUCGUGGCGUAUAACCCUUGAUUUCAUCUUGAAGCAUCCUCGAAGGGUCUAUACGAACCUCUUCCCUGCUCGCCAUACGUGGUAUCUACUCGGCACGAUUGUCAUUCUGAACGGUAUCGACUGGGCGUCAUUUGAGCUACUGUCUAUUGGAAACAAGGACAUCGAGAGUCUUCCUACCGAGUAUCGUGUGUUGGAUGGACUUUUCCAAGCCAUAGUACUUAUGAUGUACGUCUCCGCGUACCCAGUAACGCUCACGAUGCGCAAUACGAACGUCUACGAAGAACGCUCGCUAGGAAUCUAUGCACACGACGAAUCCCCAGACUCACCAGCAAACACAAGCCGCAGCAACGUAGUAAUGGACCUAAUCCGACACCAUCUCGGCCGCCCAGGCCUGUCCGAGACUUCGCGUGGCUACUUCGUGCACCAACAGAUCCGCUCCCAACUCAGCCAUGACCUGUGGUGGAUCGCGCUGGCGAUAUUCUUCAUCGCCAUCCGCGAGUCAGACCACUAUGAAUCCCAGCCUGUGUCUUUCUCCACCUUCAACAUCAUUUUCGAGGUUGUCUCUGCCUACGGCUGUGUGGGUGUCAGUCUUGGAUUCCCUGGGAAGAAUUACUCGUUCUGUGGAGCGUGGCACACUGUUAGCAAGUUGAUUCUUGCUGCUGUGGCUUUACGUGGUAGGCAUCGUGGUUUGCCCGUGGCAAUUGACAAGGCUAUCAUGUUGCCCAGUGAAUCUUUGGCUUGGGCUGAAGAGGAGGAUGCUGCUAUGCGGAGGGAUAGGUCUAGGGUUUGGGCUCAGGAGCAUGGGCCUGUUGGGUCUGUUUAG